AUGGUUGAUGCCACAGGUGAUGUGGCUCUCUCCUCAACUGUGAAGUCCAGCUUGUACAACAAUGUCCAGGCUCUCCUCAGAGAGACAGACAGCGGAAGUGCUUCCCAGACAGGAAUGCUGAGGUGGAAUCUUCAGAAGAAGAUGGAGACUCAUCCAUCCUGCAGCGUUUUACUGAUCAAAGUGCUGCUCAAAGAGCUGGAGAAGAUGCUACAUAGGUCAGGUGACAUGAUUCCUAACAAGCUUCAUCGGCGAGCGUCCGAGUGUUUGAUGAAACUGCUCAUCUUCCCAUUGCCUUACGCUGCUGUGACCCUGAGCAUUCUGCAGAGCAUCAAGAUGGAAAUAACCACACCAGCCUCCUUAUAUCAGAGGAGAGUAAUUGCAGAGCAGAACUUGAAGAGCAAACAUUUCGCUAUGCAGGAAAAGGUGUUUGUGCUUGCAGACCCAGCUGUGUUUUCUGCUCCACUGGAAGCAACAGUAAGAGCAGAAUUGGAGGCAUCUGGCCUGCUAAGGGACACAUUAACUCAGGAGAAAAAUUUGGUGUUUCGUGCAUUACAGACGGCAUUGGAGACAGCAUCCCAAAGCUCCAGACUGGCUAAGGCUCUUGGGGCUAUGGAGGACCAUAUGGUAGAGAAAUAUUUCCAGGAAGUGGUCCUAGCUGUGGAGCAGAGCAUAAAGCACGGAGCAGGUGGUCGUGCAGACUAUCUCAACAGACUACAAGACAUUUACAGAGAUAUCUUGACUGCCUCUAAUGAAGAACUAACCAAGGUAGAUUGCAGCUCUGUAUGCAACACUGCAAUGCCCUUUCCGGAGAUCAACUUCCUUUUGUGGAACAAUGAAGAGGAUCUUUGGAAUCUUCUGACAAACUUUACCCUGGGUGCCUGCAUUACGUUGAGUGUUGACGAAGAAGAGAAAGACAAAAGAGACUCAGUUCAGUCUGAAGACAGCGGGAUAGAGAGAGAUCUAAAGGAGAGUGACUUUGAUGACACAGAGCAGCCCACAGACAGAAAUUCUUUUCCAGUAUUCACACGGAGAAAUGCCAUAAAGAGCACAAAGCCGCCAGAUCAACUGAGCCUAAUGAGGGAGAAGAUAGAAGCAUUUCCUGGAAGCUCUCCCAUGCUUAAAGAAGAGCGGCGUCACACAGCACGGGUAGUGGUAAUGGGGGACGAUCGGGUGCUGGGAAGGCUUACCUGGGCUUAUCACUCCAUCCGAGAAAGAGAGUCAAAACGUCUCCUUUUGACCAAGAGACUGAACCUACAGUUGUAUUACAUCCCAGUUGCUGAUAUGAAGCCUCCACUCAGUUCCCCUGAUGAAGGCAGAUUGUCUGUUGCCUCCUUACUGGGAAAAGUGGACCCAUGGUACAACAGCAACAUCAACAGUCUGGGAGCUGCAAUCCCGACACUUGCCAAAAUGGACUCUAAUCACAGCAAGUCAUUGAAGCGAAACCUCUUCCUACUGGACACCCUGUGUUACUACCUUCGCUGUGGGUUCCAGCCAGUUAACCUACCACUCUAUUCUGUUAAGAUGACCUGCUCCAGCUCUGUGGUGGAGGAGGUGUUUGCGUCCCAUCUGGAGGCUGACAUCCCAGAGUUCAGACACCUUAAAGAAAGGAAAUCAGCAGUGGGAGUUUUUGGCGCAGUCAUCUCAAUCAGUUACACAAAGAUCUCUUUAAGCAAACGAAAAGUUGUAAAGGGAGAGGCACACACAACAUGUGGCAUGGUGAUGAAAUCAGAGCUGGCAGCUGUAACAUCAGGUGAGGAUUACCUUGCUGUAAGUUUUUACAGUGUGGACUCAAAAAGCAACACAAUCCAAACCCAAAAAAUCAGCAUCAAAACGAUGGAACAAACACUCUCUGUGUGUCUGGACAAGGACUCUCGCAGGACAUAUACUGAUGUCCAAAGAAUAGAGAUUUCCCCAUGCUUGGACCCAGGAUGCAGCAUCCAAUCCAGCAAUGAGGAGGAGCCACCACUGAUCAAAUAUCUAGACAAAGUCCUGUCACUUCCCAUCAACACCUUCACUGAGGCAUCCACACCAGUAGGAGGCGCUGUAGUCAUGGAAACUGCUCUCCAGGUGUAA